UGGAGAUGGAGUCCGAGGGGGCGGGGUGCAGCAGGAGGGAGCAGAGAUGUUUGGAGCUUUUUUUUUAAUAUAAAAUUAUUUAUUUAAAUAAAAAUGGCCGCCGUGGAGAGCGGAGAGGAGAGACUGGAGGAGGGGCAAGAAGGUGAUGAAGGACCUAUUGAACCCCAGGCCCCAAGGAAGGAAAAAGACAGGUCCAAGACCAAGAAACCCCGCAGGGAACGUCGUCAUGCUGAGCGGGGGACGGAGACCAUGGCCUCAGCUUCAACCUCAACAGCACAGCAGCCACAGACAGGGUUGGAGCAACAGACCCAGAUGUCAGAGCCAGUGGCCGGUCCCUCAGAGCCAGGGUCAGAGUCUGCAGGUGGUAGCGAGUCUGCCGGAUCUUCCAGGCAGCGGCGCUCCAUCAUUCGGGACCGAGGGCCGCUGUAUGAUGACCCAUCUCUGCCCGAAGGCUGGACCCGCAAACUGAAACAGAGAAAGUCUGGACGCUCUGCUGGGAAGUUUGAUGUCUACCUAAUCAACUCGGAGGGGAAAGCGUUUCGUUCCAAGGUGGAGCUUAUUGCCUACUUCCAAAAGGUUGGUGACACAACAACCGACCCUAAUGAUUUUGACUUUACUGUUACUGGGCGUGGGAGCCCCUCCCGCCGUGAGAAGCGCCCACCCAAGAAACCAAAGGUGGUGAAACCAUCGGGGCGUGGUCGUGGGAGGCCCAAAGGCAGUGGGAAGAUGAGGCAGGCUACAGAAGGAGUGGCAAUGAAACGUGUGGUUGAGAAAACUCCGGGCAAACUGCUGGUCAAGAUGCCCUUCGGCAAAGCAGAGACCUCCACUGGCACCACGACCACCACCUCAAAGGUGGUGUCUCCUGCCUUGGUGACCAAGUCCCGCCCUGGCAGAAAGAGGAAAUCAGAACAAGAACUUCCGCCUCCACCACAGACUGCCCCCAAGAAACGGGGCAGGAAACCAGCGUCAGCCUCCACAGCAGCAUCAGUCGCCACAGCAUCCACCUCCGCUGCAUCAGCCUCUGGUAGCUCAACAGCAGGAAGUUACGCUGCAGCUGCCAUCUUGGCUGCUGAGGCCAAACGGAGAGCAGCUAAGGAGUCUUCCACCAAACCUGUUGUCCAGGAAACAGCUCUGCCAAUCAAAAAACGUAAAACGAGAGAGACAGUGGAGGAAAGGGAGAGUGUGCAGACUCCAAUGGCUACAACAACAGAGACUGGAAAGUCAACAGCGGCCGAGGAGGAGAGCAGUACAAUGGCAGGAGGUCCAAGCUCAGAGCCUGAGCCCGCCCCCUCUGAGCAGAGCCAGUCACAAUCACAGAAGCAGCCUUCUGCUUCAGAUGACAGCCAACCACAUGGACACAAGACACAUAAAGGGCGGAAGCACAAGGACAAAUCAGGAGAGGCAACAGGUGAUGGUGUAACCAAAGGGGAAGAAGUAGGUGAAGAUGUAAGCGAUAAGGGAGGAGAGGGGGGAUUGGGUGGAAGGGGUAGCAGUAGCAGCAGUAGCACUAGUCCGUCAAAAAGCCACAAAAGGAAGGAGCGAACACCUCACAAGCACCACCAUCACCACCACCACCAUCAUCAGCAUCGCCACCAACAAUCCACUGUCUCAACAUUGGAUGAACCUUCUCCUCCUCCUCCACCCUCUGGACACCCAGCACCUUCUAGCCAGUCCAAGCCUGACAUUGAGCCUCAGACUGUGCCUCAGCUCACCUCCCAACAGUCGCAGCACACCCAGCAAGCUCUUCCCAGACCGCAGUCCAAGUCUGCACCACAGUCCCUGCCCGAACCUCGACAUCCUACCCUGCAACCACGCUACCAGCCCCAGUUUCCCCAUGAGUCCCAAGCCCAGAGUCGUUACCCAGCACCCCAGUCCUCUCCUACCCGACACGGCCUGACACAACCACGGCCCCAACAGCCCCCAUCCCAAACCCACAGUCAGCCUCAGGCUGCCAACCAGAAAGUUCCCUCACAACCUGUUCAUUCCUCAACCCAACACCGAACCCAGCUUCAGAGUCAGCAUACGCAACCUCAGUCACAUCCUCCUCAGUGCCCCUCCAUCCUGCACAUCCAUCCGCACCAAACAAGGCAUCCACAUCCACAAACUACAUCCCCCACAGCACCCCAACCUCAAACCCAGUCAAGGCACCCAUCUCAACUCCAAACCCAGCUCAAACAACAAUCUCAGCCCCAGCCCCGACAGUCACUUCAGCCUCAAAUUCAAUCCCAGGCCAGGACCCCAACUCAAGCUCAGAGUCAGUCCCAAUCCAGGCCUCCAGCCCAACCUCAGUCUCAGUUGCAGCCCAGAACCUCGGGCCAAACGCAGCCUCAAACCCAAUCCAGAACCCCAGUCCAGUUGCAACCCCUAUCCAGGACUCCAGCCCAAUCACAAUCAGCACCCCAAUCCAGGACCCCAUCCCAAAUGCCGUCGACACUCCACGCUAGGACCCCAACCCAAACUCAUCCUCAACCUCAGUCCAGAAACCAAGGUCAAAUGCAGCCUCAAUCCCAGUCCAGGACCCUAGCCCAAAUGCAGCCUCAAUCCCAGCCCAGACCUCAAACCCAAAUGCAGCCACAAGCCCAGUCUAGAACUUCAGCCCAACCUCAACCUCACCUGCAACCCAGACACCAAGUGCAACCACAGACAAGGCCCCCAUCACAACAUCAACUCCAGACUCAAUACAGACCACAAUCCAGUCAAUCUCUCUCCCAGCCUAGGCCGCCCCAGUCCCAACCCCAGUCCCAAGCACAACCACACUUUCAGCGGAUCCAACCACAGCUGCGCUCCCAGCCACACUCUCAGCUUACCAGGCCAAACGUGCAGCACCUCUCAUCCAGCCGACCAUCUUCCAGCCUAACCAGGACCAACCUCGUCCCUGCUCAGCAAAACCAGAGCGAACAGCCACAAGACCUGAGCACCACAAGGCCUGGCAGAGGGAGCCUGAUCCCGAGCCGAGACGUCAGCGUGGAAGGGGUUAGGACAGAGGGGAGAGGGGAGCCAGCCAUGCCAUCUGAAAGCAGAGAGGUUUUAGGAGGAGACAGAGGAUCAAACAGCACCUCGAGGCCUCCCAGCUCCAUGCCUCCUGGACCUCCUGGAGUAUCUGGGGCUGGUCACGUGCCUGGGGCAGAUGGUAGGGCUAGGCUCCGGGCAGAGCCAGAGGCAGCAGGUGAGGGUAGGGAGCUCAGAGACAUCGUCCCGCAAUCUGCUGUUCCCUGUCCCAGCCGAGAAGAAACCGUAGAGUCACGGACUGCUGUCAGCGAAAGAGUCAGCUGAUUGGUUGGACUGAUGAACCUGCCGUCUACCAAUAGCCUGACGGACUGAAUCAGCACCAGGCAGAAGAGGAGUAUGACUGGGAUGUCCUUGUAAUGGUUUUUACACCGUUUACAGAUAGAAGGAAAGCGUCACACAGAGCUGGAAGGACUGUCGCAGCUUGUUCUCUGUUUGAUUCUGUCUGGAGACUCUGUAAAGUUCUGGAUUAGAGAACCAACCUGGCGCUGAGGGACACCUCGAGUGGAAAAUGGAUAGUAUCUUUUUUUCUAGGAAAAACAAAUGAAAAGGAAAAACCGAUAAAAAGUGUGUGUGUAUAUAUAAUCAAAAGGCAGCUGUUGUGUCCCGCUAGUCUCCGUGGGGGGGGGGGGGGAGUAGUUUGGAACUAAAAACCAACGCUUAACAACACAUUACUCUGAACGAAACGUUGCUUCCGGAAUAUAACCUGUUUUUUUUAUUUAGUAUUUUGAUAGUUUAUUGUUUUGUCUCUGUUAUACAGCUUUAAAGUCUGAUAUUAUUGACUGACAGUCCCUUACUCAUCGCUGUGCUGCUGACUGACAGUCCCUGACUUUUAACCUGCUCUUAACUCCUCCUGUUGACUGACUGUCCCUUACUGAAACUAGUCCUCGACUGAAAGCCUCAGAGAUGAUGUGAGGCGGCGGUUUGCACCUUAAACUGGUUUCUCGGAAAUCUCAUCAUUUGUUUUCGUCCCCAUUUUCCAUUAAGCUAACAAUAAACAGAGAGGGGGCACUAAUGUUUUCCAUCCAUUUUCAGAAUGCCUCCUACAAGUAGUGAAUCUAAUCUGUGAGUAUUUAUACCCAAUUCGUGACUGUACUCGGCCAUGAUUUUGAGUCAUUCUGAAUACCGUCUAAAAUGUCUGAACAGUGUGAGGAGUUCUUGAUUCCUCUUAGCAGAGUCAGUUGCUUGGCGGAAAAAAAAAGCCUCCUCAUUGGUUUUUCCAAGUAUGUCCAACAGAGCAAGUUGUUCUUCCAGGAUGAAUCUGUUUUCCGUAGUCUUUUGUUUCCAAAGGAAGCACUUUUAAUGUCAAACCAAACCCACUUUCACAGUAGCUUUAUUUUAGUUUUUAGUCUUAAUGAAAGAGUGGGAAAUUACUUAUUUUUAUUGUGUCUUCGUGUUGAAUAUCUGGAACAGUUUGCACUCCUCCAGUUUGUACAAUCAACCGCCUGCAUGUCGCUCGGAGACCCUGCAGGCCUUCAACCAGAGCGCACCUACGCAGAGGUCAACCCUGCCAGGUUUUACUGUCGUCUAAAACCUGGACUGAGGUCUGGUUCAGUUUCACAUGGGUGUAGUUGUGCCGAAGAUGGGCAGAGCUGUUCAUUGAGCUGAAAUCUUAGCUGUAAGUCUGCAAAUUCAUUUCUGAGAGUGAUUUAGAGGGCGCUUAGGGGGACUUGAACUUAGUGAAGUUAGGUCCAGGAUGACCUCUGGUCGUUUGAUCUGCAAAACAGAAGCAAAGAGAAAAAAUGUGGUACAAAUAAGAGCCGCAUUUAUUUAACUUAUAUUUCCAGAGGUACUCUAUAUUUAUUCCUUUAUUUCUUUUCCUAACACUCUUGUGCUGCCAGUCUUGUUAUCAGUAGACGGCUAUGUUUCCAAAUGCUGGGCGCAUGUCACAUCAGAGCUACUCUACUUAACGGUUUCUAACUUACAGAAAUGUUGGAAAAACUGGGAAACUCAGCUUUACCAAAAGCUCAGAUAGAUCUGACUAAGCCCUAAUAAGGAGAUGUGAUAGCAAAAUCAAACACUAGGCAGCCUGCUGAUAAAAGUGUUGAACAAAUAUAUAUUUCUAACUCUCCAACAGUAGUAAAACAACCUCAUUCUGAGUUAUCAAUGUCCCUGAAAAGCAGCUACUCUAUGUUUUUAUCAAACAGCUGCUGGGCUGUCUGAGCUUCUCUGGAGAAAUUUAACCUUUGAGUUCUGCUGCUGUUUAUUAAGUCUGCAGUAAGGAUCAUACUCAGACAUCUGAUGAUAUGAACACUCACAAUCCGUAAACAUGAACAAGGUUUAGGCUCAGAUAAACUUCUUUCAAGGAAGUAAAAUGUUGCUUCAGACUGCUAGUUUUCUGCAAAGAUAAGACAGAUUAGUCCGCUGACAUGGCAGCAGCUGUGAAAAAAGUCAUGACAAGGUUACAUCCCUGCUGCGUUCACAUCUCAGUUUCAGUUCAGUUCCGUUUUAUUUAUGUAGCAACACUUAAGGCACUUUAUAUUGUAAGGCAGAUGUUACGAAGAGAACCUCAACGAUUUGAUGAUCCCUUCAAAUGAGCAGCUGUGGCAGAAGAAAAACUAAAUUUUAAUAUGAAGAGACCUCCAGCAGAAACCAGGCUCAGGGAGGGACAGCUGUGAUUGGUUGGGGGUCAAGGUGAAAGAGAAGAACAGCUUUAUCAAAAAGUUUUCAACCUUUUCCAUCACUGUGCAGGAUGAAGCCUGCAUUACUGGCGCGCACACAGAUUCUGGCAGCAAAAAAUACAUUAUUUCCUCUGUUUAUGACGUUGCUUGAACACUACUCUGAUGCCCCCAUUGAACCAGGCAUCAGUGUUGUUUAAACAAACCGUUACCGACAGUUUCACCUUAAAGAAAGCGUGCUGAUUUUUACAUGCGGGACAGAUAACUGUCAGAUGACUAAGACUGAUUGGUUGCAUUCCCUCAGGGGUUGGCCAACCACAAAUGUUAAGCAAUCUGAGCCUCACUCCAGAGUUUCUUAACUUUCAGAAAGUACUACACCAUGAGCAGAGACCUUUUAAGUUCUCUGGAACCUAAUUUAGACCCUGGAGUCUUUUUGAAGGAUCCUAGCAGUAUAGAAAAAAGUCAAAUUUUCCAUCCUUACUUUCUACUGUCACAACUGAACCAGGCGCCUCGUUUUCCAAGCACAGACUGCAUAAAAGAAGGACGGUGCUGCCCAGUCUGAAAAGUGGAACCAUUAUGAAAGUGCCUUAAAUCUGUGUUCUUACUAAUGGCCAGAACUCCAAGUCCUAAUGUUUAGAGGCCAGUGAGAAGGUGACCCUACUUCUCACUUCAUUGAUGUCCUCAGUAAGCACUUUCCUGAUGAGGUUAUGCUCUCAGUUGCAACUUUGAAGUUUUCCUCAACAUACCAUGAUUUUGUAAAUUGGUUUCCCUCUCAUAUAAAUAAAUAGUAUGAAGGGAAUGCUUUAGCUCGUGGCUACCGUAUCAUUGACCAGCCACGAGUCUACCACCCACCUUCCUGGACCUUCUGCCAUGGUUCAGGGUUGGUGAAUUGAUCCCAGGCCUCGUAUCCCUGGGAAAAACACUGUAAUCCAGAGUUGGUUUUGAUGGCAGGCAAGCACCUUGUAGAUGAGUAUGUGAAUGUGUGAAUGACAAGCAGAUUGUAAGCCGUUUUCUAGACCUGCUAAGGUUGAAAGGCGCCAAAUAAGUGCACAUAAGCUUCUUCCGAAUCUGGACUCUUCUGGCACCACAAUGCCAAACCCAAGGCUUCGCAGACCGGCACUGACUAUGAUCUCUUCUUUUGUACAGUCUGUGUUUACUGGAGGCAUUCAAAACAUCAGACUUGGGUAAAACGCGUGAUCUGAUCGGGACCUGACUAUUGAUUGAGCAUUAGCAGCUGAGGAGCAGCACAAACGCUUCCAUUUUUCUCUUAACUCUGAAGUUUUAGUCUCCUCCUCGCCUUAAAACAUAACCAAAUGAUCAAGGUUAAUAAUGAGCAUGCUUGGAUCCAUUCGGAGACCUUUGGGUAUUGGACAUGUUGAUAUAAAAACUCACAGAUGUAAAAUUCCAACUCAUUAAAAAGAACAAAGCAAUCUGAAUGCAAAAGUUAAAAAAGGCCAGGGGGACUAGGAAGAAGUUCAUUUUUAAGUGUGCAGCUCUGAAUUGUGACAUGAAAAUAUAAUAGGAAAAGUACAGCAGCAAAAUAAGCAACAAAAACUUUAAAAUCAGGACAUAAAAGGAGACAAAAUUAUGUUAAAAAACAACAGUAAUAAGAGAGGCUUGAAUGAAAAGAAAAAUAUAGAACUGCAUUUUUUUUUUUUGGGCAGGUUGUUGCCUUCACUGCGUUUCAGUAAGUUUAGCUGCUAACUUUUGCUCACCUAUGUUUGCUUGUCUUUUUUUUUAGCCCUGGAGGUUGCCGCUUGUUUGAAGCCUCCGUACUCUUUGUUUAAAGGUACUUGAAGAAAAUUACUGUUUAGUUAAUUUUUGAAUGUUUCCAAAGUCUUUUAUACUUGGAUGAAGAGAUACCAACUGAAGUAAAGAACAGGUGGUAUUUUUGAGUAAUGUCACAAGAUUGUGCAGCAAUGUAGCCUUUUUUUUUCUGUAAGUACGCAAGUUAUAUAUAUAUAUAGAAACAUAUUUGCUUCACACAGGUGGCCUAGAAAAGGGCAAAGCUUCCUUAAAAAAAAGGAGCGGCUAAAAAGAAUUUAAUGUUAAAACGCAUAAAUAAGCUACUUCUUCAUUCACAGCAGUUAUCUCUGCCUGUUUUACCUUCCUGACACAACCCCAAAGGGAUUUGUGUCUCUUCCUCGAAUCACACCAAGGAUCUUUUGCUUAGAAGAUCAAUGUUUAAACAAAUAUACUAUGGUUGUGAAAGCAUCUCACCUGUAAGACGCUGCCUACCUGGUGAUGAAAGGUUUCAUAAAAUUUUUAAACGGUAACUCCAAAAAGAACAGUUAACCCUAUUUUGGAAUUCAUCAGGUUAUAUUUAAAAAUUCAAUAUAAAUUUUACUAGACUAGAAGAAGUUAAACAGAAAAGCAUCUUAGAGCACACUCACUGUCAAAACACUGCCCCCUGGUGGUGCAAGCCUGAGUUAAAUUAUGCAAAGGGUAACUACAAAAAGUACCUUUAAAAUGGAAUCGAGGUGUUAACCCAUUAACAGGAUGGUGUGCGUCGUUAUUGGUUCUAAAAAUAAAUUUAUUCAUGAAAAUAUAAAUAAAACAAGCUGAAGGGUACAGAAAACAAACUUAUGUGAACUAAAAGAGUAAUUAAAACCGUGAGAAUUAUAAAGUAUCUUCCUUUUUUUAGAUCAUCCUGAAACAUCCUGUCAGGAAGCCCAAUUUCUCUCAUAACCCUUUCUCUUUGGGAAUCUGAAUGUCUUCGUCCUGGACAAAAUAAACGUGCCUCGCUCUGUAAAGUCCUCGCGCUGUGACGAAGCCUCUGCGUAGGUGGCGCCACCCAGUCUGCCCAGAGCAGCGAACCCGUUUCCUUCACGCUGCUGCAGAAAUCAAACGUCCCGCUGUAAUUGGACUCACUCCACAGGACUCGACCCGGCACAAACUACAGUAACCAGCCACCAUAUUGCAUGUUCCAGAGUUUAGUGCCUAUAAUAUUGUGCGUCUUGCCAGAAGCCACCAUGUCAGCCAAGCCAUGUUGUGUUUCUAGAUUAGUAGUGAUGUGUGUGGUGACUUCAUAGUUGCUAAUAUUGAGGAUGAAUAUUCUGCUUUUAUUCUGGUUGGAAUUCAGUGGAAACUCCAAUACACUGUCGCUGUAGACAAACUAGUUUUUACCUGUUUUCUUAUUUUUCUUUCUAACUAAAAGCGUUUGUUGUCCCCUGA